AUGGAAGAGGCCCCGCUGCUGGGCGCGAUGCCCAGCCCAGAAGACGAGAUGGUGACCGACCUCUUCAGCCCCGAGGGUCAGUUUGUGCCCCCCGCGGCCGUGAAGCACGAGGAGGACGAGUUCCACGUGUUCAGAGACGCCUACCUGAGCACCACCGAGCCCCAGGGGCCCCUGCUGCGCGCGCUCAGCCCCACGCUGGGCGCCGACUGUCCGGCCAAGGUCAAGGUGGAGCUCCUGGUGCAGGACGAAGACGAGGAGCAGCUCCUGGGGGAGUACCCGGGCCUUCCCGACCUCAACCCCCUGGAAGACGCCGCGCUGCCCGCGGCUGCCCAGCCGCACACCUACAACGUGCACUUCCUGUCCUCGCUGCUGGCCUCGCACCGCAGCCCCGCGGUGGUGCCCCUGGGUGCCUGGGCCAGGGACGGAGCCGCCCACCCCGGGGUGCGGGUGAUUCCAGUUGAAGUAAAGGAGGCUGGCGGUGCUGCCCCCAGCAGCAGCCCGGAGGGAGCCACUUCUCAGAACCCGCUCGCCCAGGAGUCCUGCUGCAAGUUCCCAUCGUCCCAAGAAGCAGAGGAAGCCGCCAGCGCGUCGCAUAAGAAAGACUCAAGCCCCAUGGUGAUAUGCCAGCUGAAAGGCGGCACACAAAUGCUGUGUAUCGACAAUUCUGGCACGAGAGAACUGAAGGCACUGCACCUGCUUCCUCAGUAUCAAGACCAAAAUAAUUACCUGCAGCCAGAUGGGCCCAAACCGAUGACGACUUUUGUGGGAAGAUUUCUGCCAGUCCCAGCGAAGCUAAAUCUCAUUGCACAACAAGUGGAUAACGGAGCCCUCCCGGCAGUCCCCAAUGGGCCUGCUUUCCCCUCCAGCUCAGCUCUUCCAGGACCACCCAAAAUCACUCUGUCUGGGUACUGCGACUGCUUUGCCAGCGGGGACUUCUGCAACAACUGCAACUGUAAUAACUGUUGCAACAAUUGGCGUCAUGAAAUCGAAAGGUUUAAAGCCAUUAAGGCUUGUCUCGACAGAAACCCAGAAGCUUUCCAGCCAAAAAUCGGGAAGGGCAGGCCGGGCAGCGCGAAGCCCAGGCACAACAGAGGCUGCAACUGCAAGCGGUCGGGCUGCCUGAAGAACUACUGCGAGUGCUACGAGGCCAAAAUUAUGUGCUCUUCUAUUUGCAAAUGCAUUGGCUGCAAAAAUUAUGAAGAAAGCCCAGAACGAAAAACACUAAUGAACGCGCCAAACUGCGUGGACGCCGGCGAUUUGGAAGGCGGCCACCAUUUGUCACCCGCAGGUGCAGGACUGCCAAAACCCAGAAAAGACAGGCGGCCGGCGUCCUGCAUCUCCUGGGAGGUGGUGGAGGCCACGUGCGCCUGCCUGCUGGCUCAGGGGGAAGAGGCCGAGAAGGAGCAGCGCUCCCAGUGCCUGGCGGAGCAGCUGGUCUUGGAGGAAUUCGGACGCUGCUUAUCACAGAUCCUGCACAUUGAGUUCAAGUCCAAGGGGCUGAAGAUGGAGUAGCGCACCACAGAGCCAGGUGUGCGCCCGUCAGUGUUGUCUCGGGACGUGCCAGAUCCAGGACUGUGGCCACAGCUGGGAGCCCAGAACCUGACCUAGUGCUGCCCCUGGGCCGGAGGUUUGUCAGAGCUCGCUGGCGGCUGUGUGGACCAGGACGCUGUUUGACCAAGUGGGCGACAGAAGCACUGCUUG